UUGACACAAGAGCCUUUGGUGGGGGACCUUGUCAAAGGCUUUCUGAAAAUCUAAGUAUACUAGAUCUACUGGAUCCCCCUUGACACUAGGCAUCCUCUGCCUUAUCCAGGAAUUGCUGAGGCCAGAACAGGCACUGGGAUGGUAGCAGGGCCCGUUCCCCGAGCCACAGGGCCCUGCUGGGGGCUGGGCCACGAUGGCUUUCCAACUGGAAGAAUAUCUGCGGGCAGUUUUCCGGAAUAAGCUGCUGCUGCCGAGAAUGCCUGAACGAGAGGAUGACUGCCUGACUCCUGCCACCCGCCUGCUGGAGAAGAGGAGGGAGCUGGCAGAGGUGGAAAGAGCCCUGCUGGUGCAGAAAGAGGAGUUCCAGAUGAAGAUGGAGAGCCUGCAGCAGCGCCGAAAGGAGCUGCAACACAAAGAAGGGCAGCUCAAGGAGGCCAUCUUCAAAUUCGACAAGUUCCUGAAGGAGAACGAUUCAAAGCGCAGCCGGGCACUGCACAAGGCGAAGGAGCAACGGGAGCAGGUGGCGCAGAAGAACGUGGAGGCCUUGCAGUUACGCCAGGAGGUGAUCCAGCUGCUUCGGGAGAGGAACAGGCUGCAGCGGUGCCUGGAAGCCCAUGCUGUCUUCCAGAGCUAUCUCCAGGGGGUGCUGGAGAAGACAGAGCAGUUUCAGGAGACGCGGGCGCUGAUCAGCCAUGCCAGGACCCUGGCUGCCACCCGCGCAGCCCUGCUGCAGCGGGACCAGGGGGGCCGGGAGGCGAUGGAGGAGGCACGUGCCCAGCUGCAGCAGUACCUGGAGCAGAGCCGCAGCAAGGUCAUGCAGCUCAACAACCAGCUAGCUGUGCUGCAGGCCCAGCGGGAGCAGGCCCGGGCCAAGGUGCACCAGUGGCUGGCGCUGAAGCAGAUGAAGCUGCCGGUGAACGUCCCCCUGGAGGACACGGAAACCCAGCUUGACGUGGUCCAGCUCUGCCUGCUCGACCUGGCUGACAUCCUUGCUGACCUCCGCAAAGGGGAGCCUGCAUCUGCCAGCCAGCCCUCGCCGGCUGCCACCAGCUAAGCCCUGCAGCAGCCUCCCCGCUCAGCCCCUGCUGUGAGUUGGCUGCAGGGGCUGGCUUUGGGCAGUUGCUUUACAUCCUCUGCCCCUGGACACUGCAUUACAACAGCUGAUUUCCAGGGGACCAAGCCCCAUUGUAGCACUGACUCCCUAUUCCCCCCGUCACCUACAAUUCCUGCCCCAAGGAGUUUACCCUGCACCAGCCCAGAAAGCCUGAGCCAGGCAGGAAUGAAUGCAGCAUUUCCCCACCAAGACUUGCCAAUGUGGCCAGUGGCUGGGGAGGGUGCCACCACCCUAAGCAUCCAUUAGAGCCAGUAAAAGGCUCGGCGAGUCCCCCCAAAUCCACGGUGGGGAAAGCCUCCAGGACUGGGAGCCAGUGUCUGCAGUGAAACGCCGGGGAACUGAACUGGGCCAAGGGGCACUAGCGGGCUGUAGGGUUCAGGCCACAGAGCCAAGAUCCAGGCCGAGCCUGAGGAGCGCUAACCAUGCUUGUAAAUGCCGAGGAGUCCUGCAGCACCUUAUAAACUAAGGUGGUAACCUAGCCAGGUACCAUGCUUGUGUACCUGGCCCUAAAGUCUGGGUCUCCCCUCACCCUGCACACCAGACCCAAGCCUAGCCAUGUCCAGCCCUGGAGUGGGCGUAGGGUAGUCAAGACUUAAGCUAGGUAAGCCCAAUAGCAGUACGACAGCAGAACUGGCAGCAGCUUCCCCUGUGCUACAGCACCCAUUUGUUUUCUGUUCCAGGCUCCAUGGCCUUGCGCCAACAGCAACCAGACCCGUCACAGCAGCUGCCCCGCCGCGUAAUGGCACCUGCAGCCUUUGCGGAUGCUCUCAACUUCUGUAGACAACAUUCCUCGUCACCUGGACAGCCCCAAGUAUCCAAACUCUGCUGACGUGCCUGGGACAGAAAUCUCUGCUCCUCCGCUAUUGCCAGUUAUCAGUUCUGCCUUCUGCUGCACCAAGCACCCGAGGUCUGGAGUCUUCCAACCUUCUUCAGUAAGACCAGGCACAGCCCCUCUAGAGCAAGUGCUUGACUCCCUCCUUGAGCAAUGCAGGUGUUAAGUAGCAGGUGCCUGACCCUGGAGAAGAGGUUACUUCUUCAGGGCCUGGAUUUAAUGAAACAACACUCCAAAAUGCAAACUGACUGCAUGCACUCACAACAGCGGGGCUCAUCAAGCUAGACUGGGUGGGUUUCUCCAGCCAGAUAUGCCCUGAGCUCAGUGGCUGUUGUAUCUGCACUGCAUGCACAGCAAGGAGAUCGAAAGCCCAGAGAAAUAAUUGUUCAGUGGAAUAAAAAAGCACAGUCCGUUAGUUA